AUGUUGACUCCACAGGUUGCUAAUGUUCUGACCUUCUUCUAUCCUCUCGGGAACACGCCCGCAGUGUCGCUCACGCAAGCGCUCCCUCCAGAGAAACAGGCCGAUAUCCUCCUCCUGGGGAGCGGAGAUAUUCGUCACAUUCUGUUCACCGUCCAUACCGAGCGCACGUUGCCAUCUGGCCGGCAUGAGUCGACCAGAGAUGCUUGCAUCAAUGGACGGACGCUGGACUUUACCUGCUGUGAUGUCGAUCAAGCGAUCAUCGCCCGUAACAUUCUUCUGCUCACUCUCAUCAUCGAUGAUGUCGACGGCACCAACGUUCCUCUGAAUUGGAACCUGUACUACCACUUCCGGAUUGAUGAAGCUUCGCUGCGACUGCUACAGAGCCAGGCCCGCAAGCUACACACUCUCGCUGACUCCCUCGAAACCUGGCACAAGAGUACGUAUGGCAUGCUCAUUACACCGUUGGACCAUGGCUCCCUGGAAAGGGUCAAGGACAUGUGGAACUUCUACAGUAUGGAGCGGAAGGAAAAAGAACGCGCCGGCUUUGAGGCACACUUCGAUACUUACAUCCAGAAGUCACGCCAGCGGAAAUCCAGUCUUGGUAUUGGGCUCAAUCUCACAGGUUUCAGAUCUGCAUGUCCCGCCGCUCACCAAUCCAUCGAGGACCUGGGUGUGCUGCAUGACCACUACUGGGAGCAUGGUACUCUCGACGUCAACCAAUCAGGGCGGGCACCCGCUGGAUAUGCCAAUCCCAUGUUCCUAUCUCUGGAUGACAAGGUUAUCCUGCAUUACGGGACCGAUCCCCUGUUGGGUUUUCACCUAGCCAUGGCCUUCGUGCCCAUGCGCCCAGCAUCACCCUUACUCUUGUCGUCCGCCGCCUCAAAUCGGCGAGAGCAUGUGGUUGCAGUGGCAAAGGCCGAGUUUGAUGCAUGGACGGCCUCCUUUAGACGUCAUGCGGACUCGGUCAAGCUGCGAUUUUUUGUCGGUGAUGCUCUGGCCUUGUCUUAUUCUCUCCAACGCCGGAAUCCUGUACAGUCACCCGUACCCACACAGGUACCUUUGUACCGUGAUCGCUUUCAUUUCGAGCCGCUGACGCUGGAUGGGAAGGGUGACGCGGACAGAGGUGCUGGUCCAAGCACCUUUACCGUGAUCGACACGUCCAACCUGAUCGACCAUGUCGGAGCCCUCAAUUUACUUGCUGCCACCGCGCCGCUUCUGGCACAUGACAUUUCUGCGAUCUUGUACACCGAAAAGCUGGCGAGGUCGGAUAGUACAUUUGGCAGCUUGUUCGACCGCCUCCUUUGUGGCCCUUUGCCGACCGUUUCGAUCCUUCUUGGUUUGACCCCCGCGGAAUUCGUCACCAAUACUUCAGCGCUCUCAACAGGCGAUGAACUCUUUCUCGACUCCAUUAUUCAUACAUCAGGACAGCAGGCCCAGAGCGGGCAGUUGUUUACGCGGACUGCCUGGAAGCAACCAAUACGCACCGCCGCGACGGCCAACGGCAUUCCUUCUACACGGAUUACUUUUGGCCACGUCGGCCUGGCCUCGAUUCUCUACCAUGUUUACCUCAGAAUGUUUGAAAAUGAAGAUAUCACGACGAUGAUGUCGAAUGCGACAUUGCUCAAAUUGCAACAAUUCUCCGUCCCCAAGUACCAUCGAGCCAGCUUCGCUGCCUUGAUCGGCAUGCUCAGAAUGCGAGUUAUCACCAAUUGGGAGCAGACCGUCGAAGCCCUGCUUGAGCUCGUAGAAUCCAACAACAGUCAUUUAAUGACCAGGAACUACAUCCAGGAAUUGUUUGUCUGGCUCCAUUUGCUGGGCGUCUACUCUGUCAAGAUUCUCAAAGCGCCUUGCAACUCCACUGGCUGCCCGGUGAAGAUGAACGACCUGCGCGAUUGGAAGAAUAUCCCCCCGGUGGUAUGCGUGACGCUGAAGGUGCCGAGGGACCAGCUAGUAGUCUUCACCGAGGACCAUGUCACCAAGACCGGGACACCACCUCUUCAUUGUCUCGUUCAAGGCUCUUCCCUUGGACGACCAUGGCAAAAUGCGUUCGGGGCCCUUCAAGGUGGAUUCGGCCAGGUAGAGACCCGGGGCACUCGAUUCAGCGAUGAAUACGAAGUGGGCAUCAUUGAGGACCAGGCAGCGUGGAGUGGGACGUCGCCUCUGUGGGUGUCAUUCUAUGCCCCCACCUGGAUGCUGCUACUUGAACCACGCACGGCAUCGGUGAAAUUGGGCAUACAAACUACUCCUCAGAGUACUCAAGCAUUUAUCCCCAGGCUCGGUCUUGACCUCACCGUCUUCCAAACGUGCCUUUCAGACACCGAGCACGUACACAUCAGCAAAUGUGUCCCCAACCAGACAGCAACCCGCUCCGUCUGCAAAGUCCCCGCCAGCGACGCUCCACCUCCGGAUGGCAGCGACUCGCCAGCGAUCAUCACCACCACCACUAUCACUGCCGUUGUCGACUCUAAGACCGCUAAGGUCACUUCCUUGGCCGCUCGAUUGGGGUUGGUCUCCCCGGAUUGCCAGCGUGUGCUCCAAGCGGGUGGACAAGUCAGCGCCGCGUCAACUACACCUUUCCACUUCGCGGUCGACAUCCGGCCAGGAUGUACCAUCGCGGUCGACUUUCCCCUGCCCAUGCUGGACAAGGGUUUCAGAAUCAAAGUGGCCCGAAAGUCUGGUUGGGUUGAAUUGACAGCCCCAGUCGUGGACGCCGCCGAGUGGCCUUCACUUCGCUCCUUCAUCUACCCAGUCUUCCUCGACUCAGACCGUGUCACCAAUUGGAACCUGCCGUACCUGAAUAUCCACUCGCUACCAGUCCUGGACGAGAAGAAAACCACACAGCUGGCUUGGCUGACCACGCAUGCGUCGAUGAUGUGGAGCGCAAGCGAGAGAUCACUUCGUAACAAUCCUCAUCUGCCGGCUUCCCUCGGAGAGCGAACCAGGGUCGAAUUGAAAGACUCCAUGUUCUCCUUGUACAUGCACUACAGUGGACUGCAAGGCCGGCGCGCCCGUAUCUUCGGAGUCAGCUGCCCUUCCGACGGUGGUGUGCAUAUCCUCUUCUUCGUGUCCAGCCUCCGACUCGAUCUUUCCAACCGCACAGCUGUGCUAGACACGGCCGUGCUACCGCUGCACGACACUCUGAUGCCUCGGAUCAGAACAUUUUUGGGGGCGCUGACAACCAGCGGCAGCCUCUGUCAGGUGCGCGCCACCAAAGCCGAGUUGUGCGCUUGGAAGCAGGUGUUGCCCGCGCUCGUCGAGCGGUGCCGGACGUGGUCUCACAGGUCUGGAUGCGAGUAUUUGGCCGAGCAACGAGUCCCCCUCUCGGUCGAAAAUGGACAACCACCAUUAUGUUCAUGUGGCGAGGGGAUCAUGCCUCCUGGCUUCAUCACAGGGGUUCCGGAAUGGGACCAAGUCGCCAAGUACGCGGUCCGAGCGGCGAUAUCACCCCCGUUCUCUGCCGCCAUGUUCGAGGGUGGAUGCAAACUUGACAUGUUGAAUCAGGAGGCCGAGGAACAUCAGGCCAAAGCGUGCAACUCAUGCGGGAGAGACGAGGCGGUCAAUGGGUCGGGUUUGCUCAGUUGUGCACGUUGCCGAAAAGUGAGAUACUGCUCUAAGGAAUGCCAGCGGGUAGAUUGGAAAAAGCACAAGGCCAAUUGCGUCCCAAUUUAG